CACAGUACAGGCUGGUUUCAGCUUUCCUCUUCAGCAACCGCUCUCGCACACCGCGUGUUCUUCUCUCUGCGCUAGCUCCAUCAUCGUCUUCGCGACGUCAAAUCUUCCCAUCUCUCUCUAUCUCUCUGCAUUUUCUCGCUUCUGCUCUUCACUGAAGACUUCACCCCUCGGGAGGACAGACGGGAAACCCACCAGCGUUCCGACCAAACAAUGAGCGUGAUCGACAUCUUGACUCGAGUGGACUCGAUCUGCAAGAAGUACGACAAGUACGACGUCGAGAAGCACAAUGACUCCAAUGUCUCCGGCGAGGACGCCUUCGCUCGUCUCUACGCCGCCGUCGAGGCCGACGUCGAGGCUGCCGAGCAGAAAGCUGAGGCCGCUUCCAACGAGAAAAGUAGGGCAUCUGCGGUUGCUCUGAAUGCGGAGUUGCGGCGAACCAAGGCCCGGUUGCUUGAGGAAGUGCCUAAGCUGCAAAGAUUGGCUAUGAAGAAGGUUAAAGGACUUUCUUCUGAAGAAUUUGCUGCUCGUAAUGAUUUAGUCCUUGCGCUGCCGGAUAGAAUUCAGAGCAUACCAGAUGGAACUGCACCUGCACCUAAAAAAGCUGGAGGUUGGACAACUUCUGCAUCACGCCCGGGAAUAAAGUUUGAUUCAGAUGGAAAAAUGGACAGUGACUAUUUCCAACAAUCUGAAGAGUCAAGCCAAUUUAGGCAAGAGUAUGAAAUGCGGAAACUAAAGCAGGAUCAAGGUCUGGAUAUGAUAGCUGAGGGUUUGGAUACAUUGAAAAAUAUGGCUCAUGAUAUGAAUGAGGAAUUGGACAGGCAGGUUCCUUUGAUGGAUGAGAUUGACUCCAAGGUGGACAAGGCAGCUUCAGACUUAAAAAAUACAAAUGUCAGGCUUAAGGAUACUGUUAAUCAGCUGCGGUCUAGCCGGAAUUUCUGUAUCGAUAUAGUUCUUUUGUGUGUAAUUCUGGGUAUCGCUGCCUAUUUGUACAAUGUAUUGAAAAAAUGAAAGCGGUGCCUUUCUAAGCAGUUGGACUUUCUGCUUGUUUCGUGCUUUGAGGGUUUGUUGUGGUGCUUGUAUUGAUUCUUUUCUCAUUGUAUAUCUGUGUUCUCCCCACACCCCCGCAAAAACUCAGCAAGCGAAUUGCUAUUUCUGGAGACAAGUUCGUUGAAGCCAUCGAGAAUUAUUUUCUGUGGUGUAUUCCCUUUACUUUAUGUCUCCCUGAUGUUUCAACGGUUUCCUGGGUAUAUUCAUGAGCAAGAUGCAUCCACUUGGCAAAUUAAUCUGUUGCAUGUGAUUUGUGAAAAAAUUCCAUGGCAGUAACCUUCUGAGUA